CUUCCAGCUCGCCUCGUCUCGCCUCCUUCGCCCCCCUCGUUGAACAAGUCUCUUCCGCCCUUUCUCCUUUCCAUCUCUGAAUCUGUCAAAACCCAUUAAGAGUCCCUUUCAAAUCCCCCAUCUUCAACUGAAAAUAAUCCAAUUUGACUUCAGAGGAUAAGUGGGUUUAGCUGCGUUUCUGGAUUUGUUUGUUGGGAACAGCUGAAAUUCAUUCAGACUCGCUGGUUUUCUGUUGCCAAAAAGGACCGAUUUUGAUUGGAAAGUAUAACCUAGUUUUGAUUGAGUUUGGGGUUCUGAGUUUUUCGGUUGAACUACCAAGGUAUAUUUCGUUGAUUUUGUUAUGGCGUUUCCUCUGAGGAGUGAUUUCCAUGUUGUCGGGUCGAAUGGGAUUGCCUUGAGAUCGAGUAACGUCCUCGGUUUAUCUCCGUCUUUGGGUUCCUUUCAGAUUGCAGAUUCCCAAUCAGUAGAUCUCCCUGUCUUGAAGAGCGACUUCAGGGGACAGCAAGUGAUUGUAUCAGAUCAGAUGGGCUUAGGUGAUCGGAGUGUCAAAGCCUCUCCAAAGUUUUCUGUUCAUGCACAAGCUUCAAUCUGUAUAAGUCGGGCUUUGAGAUGGUGGGAGAAGACGCCGAAACCCAACAUGAUAGACAUCAAUUCGGCGCAAGAACUCGUCGAUGUGUUGUUGAAUGCCGGAGAUAGGCUUGUUGUUCUCGAUUUUUACUCCCCUGGUUGUGGUGGUUGCAAGGCUCUGCAUCCCAAGAUCUGCCAGCUGGCGGAGUCGAACCCAAAUGCGCUCUUUGUCAAGGUUAAUUACGAAAAGCUCAAGAGCAUGUGUUACAGUCUCAACAUACAUGUGCUCCCUUUCUUCCGAUUUUACAGAGGAGCCGAGGGUCGUCUCUGUAGUUUCAGCUGCACCAAUGCAACUAUCAAGAAAUUCAAGGAUGCAUUGGCAAAGCAUGGGACUGAACGAUGUAGUCUCGGACCGGCGAAGGGUCUUGACGAAUCGGAGCUGCAAAAGUUAGUUGCAAAUGGCGAGAUCUCUAUAAACUCGGCGUCGAAAUCCAUGGGCAAACAGGAAAUGGAGGAUUUGGUUCGUGCAAGAAUGAAGAACAUCUCUAACUCUUCAAGCUUCGAAUUCGACAAGGAAAAUCCAAUCUUGGUGGCAAACGUAUAAACCAAUAGAAGUAUUGGGAUUGGACUUCAUUGAGAUUAAAGCUCAGCUCCAAUUUUUUUUUUUUACUCUUUCUUUCUGGGUAUUUACUAGGAAUGUAUAUACCAUUUAGAAGUACGAUUUGUUUCUUCUUCUCAGUGCAAAAAAUGCGAUUUGCAUAAGCGGGCUUUAUGGUUUUUAGAUAAAGCUCGCUAGUUUGGUCAAACUGUAGUGCACACUAUGAAAUAUGAAUUGCUUAUUUUUAUUAAAAUGAA